UGCCUUAGUCCUGCCUCGACUUCUUUGACACGGCUCUCCUCGUUGUUUGUUUCAAUCAGCUGACGAACGAAACUCGAUGAAAGAGCCAAAACAUACUACUAUUUUAAAGAAAAUAACAGUUUCAUCGAAAACAAAGCUUCAAUUUGAAACAUCCUCUCUCUCUCAAAAAGUCUUCUCUUCUCUGUUUCUCUCUUGAUGUAAGAGAAAGCAAAGCACCAAAAAACCCAUAUUAUAAUUUUUUAAAAACCUCUCUUUUAUUUAUCUUCUGGAUUCUCUGAUUCUUACUCGCAAAUACCAAAAAGCAUCGUAAAAAUCGAAACUUUCUUUGUGGGUUUCUCGUCUUUGUUCUACAGAAAUAUGGUUCAAUACCAAAGACUCAUCAGAAAAGGGGAAAAGCUUAGAGUUUCAGUUAAUGAAAAAGGUGGUUCCUUUGCCGGAACCGUCGCCGGUGGUGGCUUCUCAAAGAUAGCUAAACCGAAGAUUAUCUUAGUUCUCUUUCUCUCUUUCCUCUCUUGCUGUUACAUCUUCAGCUUCUCCUCUUUCUCUCUUCUAAAUUCUUUUAGCAGAGAACCUCAAGGAUUUGGUCCUUAUGAACAGUUCAUUGCUCCUCUAUGUUCAGGAACCUCUAAUGGAACAAUUUGUUGUGACAGGACCGGGUUUAGAUCCGACGUUUGUAUCAUGAAAGGAGAUGUUAGAACAAACUCUGCUUCUUCAUCAGUCUUCCUCUUCACUUCCCUCGCAAAAAAGACAAACAUCUCUCAAAAGAUCAUCAAACCUUACACAAGAAAAUGGGAAACAAGUGUGAUGCAAACAGUUCAACAACUCAAUCUCGUUUACAGAGAUCAACAUAAUUCUUCAGUCUCUGAAUCUGAUGAUGUUCACAACAUCGUCUGCGAUGUCUUCUACGACGUUCCUGCUGUGUUUUUCUCCACUGGUGGUUAUACAGGAAACGUUUACCACGAAUUCAACGACGGGAUCAUCCCUUUGUUCAUCACUUCACACCAUUUCAACAAGAAGGUUGUGUUUGUGAUCGUUGAGUAUCAUAGUUGGUGGGUUAUGAAAUAUGGAGACAUCGUUUCUCAGCUGUCUGAUUAUCCUCCCGUUGACUUCAACGGUGACAAGAGAACGCAUUGUUUCAAGGAAGCUAUCGUGGGACUGAAGAUUCAUGACGAGUUAACGGUUGAUUCAUCGUUGAUGCAUGGAAAUAAAACAAUUCUUGAUUUCAGAAACGUGUUGGAUCGAGCUUAUUGGCCUCGUAUCCGUGGAUUGAUACAAGAGGAAGAACUCGAGGCAGUGAACAAGACUGGUAAAAGAGUUGGAGAAGACGUGUUCAAGAAACCGAAACUAGUGAUUCUGUCGAGAAACGGAUCGAGGGAGAUACUGAAUGAGAGUCUUCUGGUGGAGUUAGCUGAGGAAAUUGGAUUCUCUGUCGAGGUUCUGAGACCGGAUAAAACAACAGAGCUGGCAAAGAUCUAUAGAUGUUUGAACUCAAGCAAUGUGAUGAUCGGUGUGCAUGGAGCUGCAAUGACACAUUUCCUUUUCUUGAAACCUAAGACAGUCUUUAUACAGAUUAUACCAAUAGGAACCGAAUGGGCGGCUGAGACUUAUUAUGGUAAACCGGCCAAGAAGAUGGGAUUGAAGUACAUUAGUUACAAGAUUAAACCGAAAGAGAGCUCUUUAUACGAUGAGUAUGGCAAAGAUGAUCCGAUAAUACGAGAUCCUAAGAGUUUUACUCAAAAAGGAUGGGAUUACACUAAGAAGAUCUAUCUUGAGCGGCAGAACGUGAAGCUCGAUUUGAUAAGAUUCAAGAAACCGUUGUCUCGUGCUUAUGAUUUCUCGAUGAAGCGAAUUUGACCGGUGUAUAGCAUUACACAAACCGGAUGUUAUCAAUUAAAGGGGGGGUUUUUAGAUUGUAUAAAAUAGUUUUGGUUCGAGAUGUACUGUAUACGUUUUAGCUAUACUGUAAAUAAAUGGAAGAGGAACGAAAAGUUUAGCUC